UCGCACAAUAUCCAGUCUCGCAAAAUGCCUCUCAGAGAAAAGCUCAUAUCCUUCAUUUCCACCUACGUGCUCCUCCCUCUCGUCACUUUGUACGCCUACAUGGUCAAAAAUCCUAAAACUCAAGAAUAUUUCGAAUCCAAUGGAAUCCUUUAUCUCGGGGACGUCUCGGUCGACUACGUCAACGAUUUUCUGCACGGAUUUGGAACCACCGAGUUCUUGACGCAUGUGUAUAAUCGAGUAAAAAAUGCGAAAGCUGACCUCGCCGGGUGUGGCUUGGCUGGACACAACAUCAUCAUAGCGAGGAAACCAUCUCUCAUAAAAGCAAUCCUGGUGAAGGACGCCUCCCACUUUGACAGGGUUCACACAAUGCUCAGCUUAAAAGGGGAUUACAUCGUGUCGAAAUUAAUGGUGUUCAUGCAAGGCGAGGACUGGAGGAGGACCCGCGCCAAGUUUGAAAGUGCCUUUACACCGAGUAAAGUCAAGCGUAGUUUCGAGCAAGCUAAUCAACUCGGGAAGAAUUUGGUGGCAUAUUUGACCCGAGAGUUGGAUAAGGAUCCAGAAAAAGGGAUUGAUUUCCAAAUUGCCGCUCAUAAAUUUUCUCUGGAUGCGGCUGGGUCCUCGACGCUGAAUUUAAACACGGCAUCCCUUCAAACACGCGCACCAUCGCGAUUUGAGCAAAUCUCGGCCAAAUUUUUUCUUUCAUUUGAUAGCUUUGCGAAUUGGUGGAAGCCCGCGUUUAUCCAAUGGUUUCCUCGAAUUGCGAUGUAUUUUAAGCUUACGGUCGUUGAUAAGGAAAUUCUUCAAUUUUACGGUCACGUUACGAGGGAGAAGAUGCAAAAUUCUGGAGGAGAUAAAAAUUCGAAUGAUUUCGUUGGUCUGGUCCACUCCACGUGGCAGGAACUGUACGGGAGUCACGUGGACCGACCGGAUCAAGAAGUAUGGAUGACAGCAAAUUUGUUUGGCAUGGUUUUACCGGGCUACAAGACGACUCAGACGCUGAUGGCGAUGUGUGCGUAUAUUUUGGCGCGGCAUCAAGAUGUGCAAGAUAAGUUGAGGGACGAGAUAAACGCUAUGAUCGAGUCGAACGGAGACGAAUUCAAUUUUGCAGCAGUUGGUGCAAUGACGUAUAUCGAAAUGGUGAUAAACGAAACUUCGAGAAUGUACUCGCCCGUGGGAUUGCUAGCGCGCAUGUGCAGAAAGGAAUACGCCGUCCCGGAUACUACACUUGUCUUAAAAGUCGGAGAUAUAAUAUUCAUUCCGACUUACGGUUUACACUAUGACGAAGAGUACUACCCAAAUCCGGGAGUUUUCGACCCGGAAAGAUUUUCUGGCGCAAAUAAGGAUUUCUCUUUUCUCCCGUUUAGUCAUGGACCUAGGAAUUGCAUAGGACUCCGAAUGGCUAUGGUACAAACAAAAAUGAUGUUGUGCCACGUUCUCCGAAAUUUUAAUCUCACUCCAUCUCCAGAAACUUACAUUCCCAUGAAGUUCGUUAAAUCUGCAUUUCCAGUCAUGGAUACGGAAAAAGUGAUUCUGUGCUGCACUAGAAUUGAGUGAGCAACUGGAGUACAAUUAGAUUUAUUAUACGAUUGUCUUGAACGUUCAAGAAACGGAGAAUAUGUACAAUAAACGUUUAUGUACAGAAGUACGUGUAACUAAUUUAACACAUAUGUUAAUGCUGCAACAAAUUUUUAACUUUGACAUAUUUACAAAAGAUUGCUGGAAACAAUUUGGUAAUAUUAAGCAGUGCCACUACAUAAUUUGAAAUGAGGCUGUUUUUUAAAAUUUAUGGAAUUAGAUUUAAAAUUGUAUGUUUGUCAGAGAGCAGUUACGUUUACCAUUAUUUUAUUGGCCCAAGAAACACAAAUAUGUACUUAUGUAUGUACUACAAUAAAUAUAAAUCCAUACAUAUUUGCGUAUGUAUGUACACAAAUAUGUAAGAAUAUUAUUAAUUUAACUAGUACUGAAUUUAAGUGAUGUGCAACUAAUUUUACUUUCAUUGCAAAUAAAAAUGCUAAACCCGUUCA